ACGGGCUGCUCUAAGAGCAAGAGACCGUGCUGGCAUUGCGCUAUCUUAGUCUUAAACAACAAAAAACAAAUCGUUAACUUUUUAAUCCGUCCAAAUUAAAGAUAUUGAUGUAAUCUUACAGUAUUAACUAGUUGUUAACAUGCAUGAAGACAACUUAUUAUAGGGUCACUAUCUAAUGCCUUGCUGUGCCAUUUAAAGAAGCGGCGUUUAUUAGUUUCCAAUUCCCGCAAGAUAAAGCUUCUGUCAAUGGUUUGUUUUGGUUGGUUGCUGCGGAACACUCAGGGAAGACGACGGAAAGCUACCUGUCAAGUCAAAUUCAUCUCUGUAUUGGAUGCUGUGGUUAAAGCAGGUAUUGGAGGCUUUGUUUUCAGACAUCUAAGGACGUUAAAUGAAAUAUACAGGAUGCGUUUGAGGGUGUCGUCCAUGGUGUUUGGAGGAGCUGUGAGUCUAGCAACACUAGUGUUAUUAUAUCAGGUGCUAAGUUUACCGCCAGACACCCAGCCUCCUGGAGAUCGUAAGGAGAUUCGAUCUCUUGAGUCACGUUUACGAAGACUCGAAGAUGAUCUUGAAACAAAUCAGCGUACAAUUCAUGAAAUCAAAAGCCUGGUGCGACAACUGGCAAACUCUAAUGUCAAAGCAAGGAUUUUAUUAGAUCCUCCUGAUGCAUCUGUUAUUCCAAAUAAAUUUGCUAGGAAUGGUGUAAAUGGGCCAAGUGUGGUUGAACUUGUUGAUGGAGGUCCUCUUCAGAAAUCCCAAGGUGGCCUGGUGCGAUAUAAUAUCACUCAUGCCUCAGUUAUGCAGGAUGAUUGCAUCUUUAGCCAGGCUGCUCCAUUGCCUGUUGAUAUUCAGAUGGAAGAUGUUUACAGUAUCUUGAAGUUUGACAAUCCUGAUGGGGGUGCCUGGAAGCAGGGCUGGGAUAUAACUUAUGAAGAGUCCCAGUGGUCACCUGAAAAGAAGUUGCGUGUGUUUGUUGUUCCUCACUCUCACAAUGAUCCGGGAUGGAUCAAAACAUUUGAACAGUAUUAUAUAGACCAAACAAAACAUAUUUUAGAUCACAUGGUGGAAAAGUUAGAGCAGGAUCAGAGACGGAAGUUUAUUUGGGCUGAGAUUUCAUUCUUUUCCAUGUGGUGGAAUCAGCAGCCAGACAAAAUCAGGGAAAGUGUUAAAAGAUUGGUAGACCGAGGGCAGUUGGAAAUUGUGACAGGAGGGUGGGUGAUGAAUGAUGAAGCAAACACUCAUUAUUUUGCUAUGCUUGAGCAAAUGGUGGAAGGCCAUGAGUGGCUGAAGCUACAUUUGGGAGUUAAACCAAACAAUGGGUGGGCCAUUGAUCCCUUUGGCAUGACCCCUACAAUGGCAUAUCUUCUAAAAAGAAUGGGCCUAGAAAAUAUGUUGAUCCAGCGUGUUCAUUAUUCUAUCAAGAAGCAUUUUGCAAGGGAGAAGAGCUUGGAGUUCAAGUGGCGUCAAAUCUGGGAUACUGGGUCUUCGACUGACAUGUUUUGUCACAUGAUGCCUUUCUAUAGCUAUGAUGUCCCACACACUUGUGGGCCUGAUCCAAAAGUAUGCUGUCAGUUCGAUUUCCACAGGCUAUCAGGAUCUGGAGUAACUUGUCCUUGGAGAAUUCCGCCACAGCCGAUCAAUGAGCGUAAUGUCCAAUCAAGGUCUCAGCAGCUUUUGGACCAGUAUCGCAAGAAAGCUCAGCUAUAUAAAACCAACGUUCUCCUUAUCCCUCUGGGAGAUGAUUUCCGCUACGUGAGAUCAGAUGAAUGGGAUAAACAGUUUGAAAAUUAUCAAAAAUUGUUUGACUACAUGAAUUCAAAAGAAACCCUUCAUGUAGAGGCUCAGUUUGGAACCUUGGCUGAUUACUUCAGAGCACUUCAUGAAGAGAGUGAUACCCCUACGGGGGAUGAACAUGGUAUUUUCCCGUCCCUCUCUGGUGACUUCUUCACUUACGCGGACCGAGAUGACCACUACUGGAGUGGAUAUUACACUUCCCGUCCUUUCCAUAAGAAACUGGAUAGAGUUCUUGAAGCGUAUUUAAGGGGAGCAGAGAUUAUUUACUCUUCAAUGCUGGCUACCCAAAGUGUGAUUGGAACUUCAAUGAUAGAUGUGACCAAUUCUCUGAUGGAUCAUCUUGUAUCUGCCCGUCGACACCUUGCUCUUUUCCAGCAUCAUGAUGGGAUCACGGGUACUGCGAAGGAUCAUGUGGUUAUUGACUAUGCCAAAAAGAUGUUAGAGGCUCUUCAUAGCUGCCAGCACGUGAUUCAACAGGCUGCACAUUACCUUCUCAAUAUCGAGCAGCGCAAUUAUUCUGGUGAUAAAGGUGCAUUGUAUUAUGAGCUUGGGGAGAAGUUUAUUGAGCAUAACAAGAUUGCUUCUCAUAUGGUUGUCGCUCUGCGAGAUGGGUCGAAUGUGCCAGUCGUUAUUUACAAUCCAGAUGGUCACCAGCGCAAAGAGCUUUUCACUGUCAGAACUUCAAGUCCGCAUGUUGAGAUUCUCAGUGGGAAAGAAACACCUAUACCUUUCCAAGUUGACCCUGUCUUCAUAGGAUCAGGAGAAGCCUCAGAGAAUAUGUUUGAUGUCACAUUCUUUGUUGAUGUACCAUCAUUGUCUCUGACAACAUAUACCAUCAAGGCUGUGGAGCCUGGCAGUGUGAACUCCAAGUAUGGAAGCUAUGCUAAUGUGAUUGUUCGUGACUUGACUAUAGCGUCUAUUCCGAGUGUGUUUAGUGUCACUGAAGAGAAAUCCAAGACUUCAUUCACAGUGCAGAACAAGUAUCUAGAGGCUACAUUUGGUGAAAGUGGUUUUCUGCAGUCUGUGACAAUACAAGGGCGUACUCUGCCAGUUGCUCUUGAAUUUGUGAAAUAUGGUGUGAAGAAUCACAGAGAGACUAGUGGAGCAUAUCUGUUCCUCCCAGACAGAGAAGCAGUACCAGUUGCUUUGGGUCAGCCAGGGGUUACCUUAGUUCAAGGAAGUCUUAUGUCGACAGUGUCUAUUCAGUUAAGGAAUGUCCUGCACACGGUCAAGAUUAAAAACUCUCCAGGUGUUGACGGCAUUGGCAUUGACAUUGCAAAUUUUGUUGAUAUUACGGCAGAACAGAAUUUUGAGUUUGCCAUGCGUUUGAACACUGGCGUAAAGAAUGAUAACAUAUUCUUUACUGACUUGAAUGGGUUCCAGAUUAUCAGGAGAACCAGAUAUGCCAAGUUGCCAUUGCAAGCCAAUUAUUACCCGGUACCUUCACAAACCUUUAUUCAGGACCAAGAUUACCGCUUAAGUCUUCUUUCUGCCCAACCUCUUGGGGGAUCAUCGCUCAAGAGUGGACAACUAGAGAUUAUGAUGGAUCGGCGACUUAACCAAGAUGAUAAUCGAGGGGUUGGCCAAGGAGUGCUAGAUAAUCUGUUAACUCCGAAUAUCUUCCGUCUUCUUGUAGAACCACGUGUUAGCACUAAGGAAUCCAGCAUAAGCCACGAAGGAUCUGCAGCUUAUCCAUCCCUUGUAGCUCAUGCAGGACUUGCUGGUAUACUAUACCCACUAUAUAUGCUCAUACCAACACCAAAGAUUGGCCCCAUGCAAGCUUCAUGGAGUGUUGGAGGUUCAUUGCCAUGUGAUGUACACCUUGUUAAUUUACGGACGAUGCUAGCCCCAGCCAGUGAGAAUACUUUUGCAAAUCACUAUGAAGCCAGCACAACUGCAUCUCUAACCCUCCACCGCUUGGGAUUUGACUGUGGCUUUAAAGCACCGGGUCUAACUUGCUCAACCAAUGGAGGAAAGGUACAGUUAGUGGAUCUCUUUCCAAAUAUGUUUAAUGAACAAGUUCACCAGAUGUCUCUUUCCAUGAUGUACGAAGGAGUAGACAUGACAAAGUCAUACCCAUUGUCUCUAUUACCAAUGGAACUUUAUACUUUUAGACUAUCACGAAGCUAGCUGUGGUUUUAAUUUUAAGAUAAAAACAUUUACAGUUGCCCUUAAUUGAACAGACUCUACAGCAUUUUCAUUGAAUCUGCUACUGGAAUUUAGCAGUUUUAACAAAAUUUUAUUUAUUUCAUACAAUGUAGUGAAAAUUCAAACUCUCAUUUGAGAUGGACGUAGAUUGAGAGCCAUGGUGCAGCAACUGUAAAGUGUUUGUAUUUUUAAUUUAUUUUGUUGUUGAAUCUGAAUUUUUAUUUAUAUUGUUACAGUAGUACAAUAGUUGCUGGUCAAGUUUUAUCACUUUUUUUUGUCCUAAUUACUUGUUCUUACUUGUAAUAAUGUGUGAGACAAUGAACUUGCAAAUGUGGUAUUCCUCUUGAAGUCUUCAGGUAGUUUUAGCUUGCAAAUGAUCUCUUUAAUACAGAAACCACUUGUGUGUUAUGAGUGACUGGACAAGACAAAGUACUAACUGAUGUAUUAAAAUGUAUUUCCCCUCUUUAAGGGUUACCCAUUUUUAAUGGGUUGAUUGUUCAUCUACCAUUCCAUUAGACUGUGAAGAUUGAGUGUUUGAUUUUUAAUAUUAAAGUUUAAAACAUUAAGUUUUGAAGGUCAGGAGAUAAAGUUCACAUAGUAGAAAUGUUAAAAUAAAAUCUCAUUUUGUAGCUCCAGACCCAUAAAUAUUUGCUGUUAAACUGUGAUAAGUGAUCCACAGUCCAUCAUGUGGAUAUUACUACCGAGUUCUCACAUGGAGUGAUGCUUUACUUCAAAAAGGAGUGAUUUAGUAAUAUUUUGGAUUCUUCAAAGGUUGUAGUGAAAAAAAAUGGUUGAAUGAUGUUUAUUCUUAAAAAUAUCGAAAUAAAUUUUACAGCUACUGCUUGUUAGCUAUGAGGUACUAUCAGUUUAGUUUUUAACAUGUACAGUAGUAUGGUGGAGGCAGGGGUUAUGGGAUUAUUAGUUUUGAUGAUGUGAAUUUAUCUCAGAUUAACUAUGUGAAAGAAUUAUAGCUACAGUGACUAGAGGAAUUACUGUUAGAAGACUUUUAAUAGAAAGAACUGUGAUUUCAUUAAUAAGGUUUAAACCUGUUGGUAUGUCCUUUGCAUGACUUUGUCACAGUGAGAGGCGCUGCAAGAUACAUGUCUUCUUAGUGUGAUUGCCUAAUUGACAGUGCAGUUUGCAGUGUUGUAAUUGCAUGCAAGUGCAAUUACGCUUUGUAACGCAGAUAGAGAGGGACUCGUGACACUUCAGUAUUUGCUUUUGCAGAGAAAAUUUUGUGACAGCACACCAACCAUACAAUUUCAGUGAAUUCAGUAGAAUUAGUGACUUGCAUUGUAUUAUAUAUAAUGUACAGUUAUUGUUUUAUCUUAAUUUGUCUGUGAUGUUUUAACUGGCAGCAUCAGGCUUAAGGUCACAUUCCUAAUAUUGAAAAUAUUGCUUCCCUUAAGGACAGUUUAUCUCUGAAAAUAUUUUAAUAUAGGUACUGUAUGUGGAAGGUAAAUACAUGUGUAAUAUGUAUCUGUGUGCCUUCAGUACAGUCUGUUUGAUGAAGGUAUUUGACUUGAUACAGAAGCUGUCUAUAUUGUUUCUCACUAGGUUCCAGAUAUGUUUGGUAGAGAGUUGGUAAUUUACUUAGGGCUUUUAUGAUCCAAACUUUUCCCAUUCUUCUUUUCUAUUCCUGUUCUGCUAGGACUACCCCACUGGCAGUGGUCAACUCGUUUUUGUAGAGGGUAUUUUGUAACAAUUAUUUAAGUAGUGUAUGUAGUAGUUAUCCAAACUUUUACUCCUUUUCAAGGCAGUUGAAGCUCUAUUAUUUGAAUGUGCUAAAAUAUAGCUACUAACAUUUUUUUAUAUUUACAACUUUAAUGUACAAAAAAGAAUUAACUUAGAAUCUUCUUUUGAAAGUUAAAAUUUAAUUUUUAGUUGUAAAUUAUAAUAUACCUUGUAGUGGCUGUGAGCUAUAGGUUCAUUUCCUUACUUAAUCUUUUCUGAGGUCAGGGGAAGGCAUGGAUUUUACCUGUGGUUUAUGCAGUAACUGCAUAUUCUGUACAAAAUGGGAGAAGGAAGCUUGUAUGGUAUUAAGAGCCAAAAAUGUUUAAGUAGAACAUUGAUUUUCAUGAUUUAUUUAAAAUUUAUGAUUAAUAUAUAAUAUGAAAUGUAUACAUUAUUGGUAACUGAAUGUGUUAUUCAGUAGAACCAUUAAUUAAUUUGUGCUAUGAAUGGACAUUCUUAAUGGCCUCAAAUGGUAUUUGAAUACUUAUUCUAGGGGCCACUAAACAAGUAGAAUGUUUUGUUAUCAAAGCAACAUCUCUACAUUAGUCGUGAUCCACAGAUUCCUGUGGGUUUGUUGCUAAGUAGAAUUUUAGGAGUUUUGUAUUUUUUUUUUUGUUUAUUUGAGAACUAUAUUUUUCCUUUGGAUAUGAUAACUAUGUUAAGGUUUCAGAAGAGGUACAGAAUUUUAUUCUUAUCUGAGAAUUUUGCACAGUUAGCCUCACUUUAUCUUAGUGAUUAUCAUUUUGAUGUUUGUUACACAAAAGAGUGUACAGUGUCACUGAAAAUAUUUGGUCUUGCAGUCACUCUUAUCUUAGUUUUGGUCCUCAUGCUGAAAUUUUUUUGUUUAAAUAGUCCAACUAGACCAAAGUGGAUGAAGUUUUAAAGAAGACAGAUCUUGUUCUCUUUCAAUUUAGAAUUCAUUUUGUUUUUGACUGAUGGUAAACAAUAUAAAGAAUGAGAUUUACAGAGCUGAAGUACAGAAUAUUGUAACAAAGAAGUGAGCUAUUUGGUUGUUUUUAGGAAGUGCAAAUGUAUAGUAUUGUUCUCCAUCUCUCUCCUUUACAGGGGAUCAUGAUAAAUUGUCGUGAAAGUAUGAAUAUGGAGGCAAGUAAAAUUCUUAGUUCCUUUGAGUAGAAACAUUACAAAAUGGGUAAUAAAAUUUGAAACCAGUAUCUCUAAAGAGAUGCUGUCAUUCAUAAUCAAAAUUAUAUUGUUAAAUUUCAGUGAUAUUUUGAACUUCCCUAAUGAACUUCUGUUCAUAUUUGAUUGUGGGUACAGAGAGAUAUAGGUCAUUUUGUAGUUUUAUUAGUCUAGAUAUGUUGAGCGAUGAUGAUCCACAUGCAUUGUGGGGAAGGAUUAGACACCAGACCCAGUUGGCCUAGUUGGGUAUUUUGUUUCUUUAGUGAGCUUGCAAUUUUAAAAGUCUUUUUCUCUUUACCUUGCUUAUAUUUUUAUUCUUAGUGAGGUACAGGAACAGUAGAAGUUAAUUCAUGAUACGUAAUAUAGAAUUACUUGGUAAAGUGAUGAAGUUCUUAUUUUAAAGGAAAUUUGGUUGAUCAUUUUUAUGUCAGUGUUAGUGGUGGUCUUUUAAGUGGACUGUGUCACUGGAACUGGUUUUUAUGGAUAAACUUGUAGCUGUUUGUGUACUACAUUUAGAAAAAGAAAAAAUAAUACCUCUUCUACCUAUUAUACCUAGCUAUAAAAGGUAAGCUCAUUUUCCAUGUCCUUUCUGCAUAGUAGGUCUUAUAGGAUUUUUCUGAUUUUAUUCAGAUGCCAUUUGUUUUCCUUUUUUGUUUUUCAGAGCUACUAAAUUUGUUCGCCAUUUCAAAGAUUGCUUCUGAUACAUUUCUCGAUGUAAAAUACAACCCCAAUGCUUUUUCAUAUGGUUUACUGGAUAGCAGUAAUUAAACUGCCUAGGACAUCAAGAAUGCUAAAAAAUUUACGAUGAAAAGUAGAUGAGAGUGAUAGAUAGUUGAAAGGAAGGCCUUGAGAAGAACCCAUUGUGACUGAACAGCUGCUUUAAUGGGAAGGUUGAAAAUAAGUUGAAGCAUUAUUGACUUUUCAUAAUGAUAUUCUCUUUAUUGAUCUAGGAGUGUCAUGACUAUGAAAAUUGUUACUCCAGGGAAGUACCUGUAGGCUUUUUGUUUUCAAGACAUUUCUUUGAUAUUAAGUCAUGAGGAACCCAACUAAGCUUUAGGUGAUACACUUUACACAUCAUUUAUCACUUGUUUACUAUUUGUCUUAAGAAGACAUCACUAUUUACUUGUUUGCUAUUAAUCUUAAAAGAGUAAGUCCAAUAAUUGCAUAUCAAAGGUCAGUGCAGCUCUGAAUUGCAUAAACCCUGGUUAAGUGAGAUAAUGUAUAGUAUGUAGUGAUUUUGAUCCUCUUUGUGAAUUGCUAUUGCAUUUAUAAGAUUAAUCUUUACAUUUUGUCAUGUGUGGGAAUGACUGCUAAGUGGAAGUUUCAAAGUCAAGAGCUUAGAUCUAAUGGUUGUUCACAUGGAGUGUUAGUUCUGUGGAGAUAUCAGAACAAAUGGAAGUUCUCUAAAACCAAACUUUUAAGUGAACAGAAAUGUACGUAUAUUGUAGGGAAUACAUACUCUCUUAUUGCAAGGGAACCCUUUCCUUUUCUGGGAAUUUUUUUUUUAUGUUUUAUUCCAAACUGUCAUCUCCUGAGAUUAAGAGUAAUUAUGUAUUGGUCUUAAGCCUGUUAUCAAUUUUAUACUUAAAGUAUAUGUGUAUGUUCUGAAGUUUUUUAACAAAAGUAUAAAAUAUAUUUAUCACCAGAA